GCUCCCCAGAGGCAGGAUUGUUUACCGCGUCCCUUUCAUCCCUGCCUCCCCUUAGCCCCGAGAUGAGGAAACCAAGGCACAGAGAGAUUAAGUAACCUUUGCCCACAGUCACGACUAGGAAGUAGCGAAGCCAAUUCCAUUCCAAUUGGAGAACAGUUACACUUGAAAAAUGGCAGAAGCCUUUUUCCAUGCCCCAAAGAGGAAAAGAAGAGUGUACGAGAAUUAUGAGUCUCCAUUUCCGAUCCCUUUUGGUCAGAAAGACUUCAAAAUAUUCCGUGCUGAAAUGAUAAACAACAAUGUAAUUGUGAGGAACACAGAAGAUAUUGAGCAGCUGUAUGGGAAAGGUUAUUUUGGAAAAGGAAUCCUGUCUAGAAGCCGUCCAAACUUCACAAUUUCAGAUCCCAAGCUGGUUGCUAAAUGGAAAGAUAUGAAGACAAAUAUGCCUAUAAUCACAUCAAAGAAGUAUCAUCGUAGUGUAGAAUGGGCCACAGAGCUCAUGCGAAGACAGGGGAAGGACGAGAGUACAGUGCACAGAAUCCUUGAAGAUUACACAAAACCACUUGAGCAUCCUUGCCUAGAACAGAAUGAAGAUGUUUCAUCGCAUGAUGAGCUGAACUCUGAAAUGGUUUCCAAAAUAGAAGCCACAGCAGAUAGAACGAAACUUUCUGUGAUGAACGGAGACUUGGGAAAGUCAGAUGAUAUGGAGGAUCCCAGCAGGCCAUCAGACUGCCUGCAGGACGGCUCUGGGCAUGACCCACUGACUGCAAACGGCUUCGAUAAACACUUAUUGGAGGUCACUGCACCUCUGUCCCAAGUCCAUUGUAGCCAAAAAGAUGUUCUCUCCCAGUGUGGUGCUCAGGACAGCGGCCAACGAGUGGGUCUCCUCUGUGCCAGAGAGGGAGGACCUGCUGAUGAGUACGUGCUGGUGGAGGAAGCCGCAUGUGAUGUGAGCGAGAAGGAAGAUGCCCCAACUGAGAAAUCGGCACAGAAGAAGAGACUAAUCUGCAGAAGAAAUCCAUAUAGGAUCUUUGAGUAUUUGCAGCUCAGCCUAGAGGAGGCCUUCUUCCUGGUCUAUGCUCUGGGAUGUCUAAGUAUUUACUAUGAAAAGGAGCCUUUAACGAUUCUGAAACUCUGGAAAGUUUUCACGGUAGUUCAGCCCACAUUCAGGACUACCUAUAUGGCGUACCAUUACUUCCGAAGCAAGGGCUGGGUGCCCAAAGUGGGACUUAAGUACGGAACAGAUUUACUGCUGUAUCGAAAAGGACCUCCAUUUUACCAUGCAAGUUACUCUGUCAUUAUUGAGUUAGUCGAUGACCAUUUUGAGGGCUCUCUUCGAAGACCUUUCAGUUGGAAGUCACUGGCUACCUUGAGCAGAGUUUCAGUGAAUGUCUCCAAGGAACUCAUGCUGUGCUAUCUGAUUAAACCCUCUACCAUGACUGACAAAGAAAUGGAAUCCCCAGAAUGCAUGAAGAGAAUUCAAGUUCAGGAAGUGAUUCUGAGCCGCUGGGUUUCUUCACGAGAGAGGAGUGACCAAGAUGAACUUUAACAUUUAACCUCAGAAUUCUGAUUUCACCAACAAGUAUUUAUUGAGUCUCCUACAAUAAGCCAAGCUCAGGGAGAGGUAAAGGGUCCUUUUAUUGUAAUUGGCCAUUAAUUGGAAAGUUUAAAGGGCAUGGUGCUCCCCAAACCAGAGAACUCUUCGUGUUUUAAAAAGAAAUUACACCGGGGAGAAGAAGCGAGCCCUGUGCCCGGACGUCAGCUUCUGUCCUCAGUGGGCACUGACCGUGACUGGCCCCAGCUCCUCGCCUCCAGGCCCCACUCUGCAUCCUCAUCUGUUCAGUGAGCAGCGUGGAUAGAUGAGACCAGCAAGAGGGAACCUCUGUUUUACUCUAAUCUAACCUCUACAUGGUGACAGUUACACGAUGUGGCACUCGACAGUUCCCAAAGCAGCACUUAUGCACAGGCAUCUCGUUACCACAUCCAGUCUGUUCCCGAAAGAGUGCCGGAAAGCAGAUCUGGGGGUUGCAGGAUGCCAUGUUCCAUUACUUUAAAUGAAAAAAAUUACAUGUCUCCGCUUGUCCAAGAACUUCAACCAAUUACUGAAGCACAUAACAGUCCAUUUAAUAUUUAGCAAGGAUUUUUGUAUCAUAGAAAGCAUUUAAAACAUCAAUUAUCUAAUUAUUUGUCAGUUUACUAAUUGGUAGGCAUGUUUGUGUAGAAUACACAAUAUUAUGCAGUAUUAGAUAAAAGUUGCACCUUGCUUCAGUUAACUUCUUUGAAAUAAAAAUAGGUGGUGAAAUAAUGUGAAGGAAGAUGCAAAAUGAGUGCAAUCGACAUUUAGUAAACACAGUAAACAAAGCCUUUUUUUAAUUGGUUAGAUCCCAAUGAAGAGUUGCCUGAGGAGUGGCAUUUGGAGGCAAGA